AUGGCAGGUUUUGCGGCUUUAAAAGACGUUAGCAAUGCUUUCGAAGAGGAGAUACGACGAGAUUCUUCACAGUUAUUUACUACUAAAGUCGGAGAAAAUUUUGAAGAUGGGGUCGUAAAGAAAAUGCGCGAUAUGUCAUUAUUUACAUCCAAACUGAGAUUAUUAAAAGCUAAACCACUUGCAUCUACACCACAAAUAACUGAAGAGGACAAAGCAAAUGUGAUGAAACAUUAUGAGGAGACAGCAACAUGGACUAAUAUUGAGCAGCAAACGGUUAAAUCUGUCACACAGGCUCAUGCUCUUAGAAUCUUAAUGACCACCGCUGAUAGCGACCUCAAUCCUGAGAUGAUAGACAGAAAAGAGAAAAUAAAAGAUCAGUUAGAUAAAUGGCGAAGUCUCGAAACACAGCUACGUCAACACAGUACGAUAUUGCAGGAGAAACACGAUGAAUAUAUGAUGAAGCUGGCUCAGUAUGAUAAGGAGCUAGGUGCAUUGAAAGAUAUUAAAGCCUCAGCAGAUGAUGAUACAGAAGAAAUUGACUCCAAUGGACCAUUAUAUCAAAAAUUGCGCACAAUGGUAAACAAAAUGGAACUGAUGCGUGUGACAAUAUCAAAGCUUGUGACAGCUAGAACCGGAAGCUAUGACUGGCUGACUGACCCUCAUCGAAGAUAUGCUGCUUUGAAGCUAUCGAGACAAGCCAACACAGUGGAAGGGUUCUUAAGAGAUCAUAAUUGA